CUAUUCUACCUCUCUCUCCCUCUGUCGUUCCAUUUUACUGUGUGUGCUCAGGGGGUUUCUUUGCCAUCUGCGAGGACCGCGCUCAUGUGUUUGUGUGUUCAGUCUUAUGCACACACAAUAAACUUUUCUACCGGACACCAGAUAGAAUUUCAAAGACACCUGCACCGAGAACAAUAAUAUUCGGAACAUUUCUUCCGGACAAAAACCUUGAUCUGCUCUGGAGAUCCUUUUUCUUUUGUGGCUUUUAGUACCCUUUUCAACGAUUUCUGUUUCAUUCGAAACAGGAGCUCGGAAACAUGUUGAGGAGAGGAGGUAUUUCUUUUGAAAGGUUCCCGAAGUUGGGACGCCAAUGAAGCGCGAUGCAAGAGGAACACACACUCUGGGCGUCACUGAGCUCAUCUAGAGGACCUCAUCUCAUCUCCUCCCCCUGCUUAACUCUACUGAGCUCCUCCCCUCCUACCUCCCUCCUCCAUCCCAGUUAAAGACUCCCCCUCCUUAACUCUACUGAGCUCCUCCCCUCCUACCUCCCUCCUCCAUCACAGUUAAAGACUCCCCCUCCUUAACUCUACUGACCUCCUCCCCUCCUACCUCCCUCCUCCAUCCCAGUUAGACUCCCCCUCCUUAACUCUACUGAGCUCCUCCCCUCCUACCUCCCUCCUCCAUCCCAGUUAAAGACUCCCCCUCCUUAACUCUACUGACCUCCUCCCCUCCUACCUCCCUCCUCCAUCCCAGUUAGACUCCCCCUCCUUAACUCUACUGAGCUCCUCCCCUCCUACCUCCCUCCUCCAUCCCAGUUAAAGACUCCCCCUCCUUAACUCUACUGAGCUCCUCCCCUCCUACCUCCCUCCUCCAUCCCAGUUAAAGACUCCCCCAUAUUAACUCUACUGACCUCCUCCCCUCCUACCUCCCUCCUCCAUCCCAGUUAGACUCCCCCUCCUUAACUCUACUGAGCUCCUCCCCUCCUACCUCCCUCCUCCAUCCCAGUUAAAGACUCCCCCAUAUUAACUCUACUGAGCUCCUCCCCUUCUACCUCCCUCCUCCAUCCCAGUUAAAGACUCCCCCUCCUGCUCCCCCUCCCCUCUGCUGACCUCCCCUCCUACCUCCCUCCUCCAUCACAGUUAGACUCCCCCUCCUUAACUCUACUGAGCUCCUCCCCUCCUACCUCCCUCCCCCAUCACAGUUAAAGACUCCCCCCUCCUUAACUCUACCUGUGAGAAGAAAGCUAGUGGGCGGGACCACUGUAUGAAUCCAUUACCCACUUCUUAACACCUGUGAAACACUGACCAAUCACCAUGCAGACAUCAUCUCUCCGUCGCCAGGUGAAGAACAUGGUCAACCAAUACUCAGAGGCAGAGAUCAAGGUCCGCGAGGCGACCUCCAACGACCCGUGGGGCCCCCCCUCCUCUCUGAUGUCAGAGAUCGCUGACCUGACCUUCAACGUGGUGGCGUUCACUGAGGUCAUGGGCAUGAUCUGGAAACGCCUCAACGACAGCGGGAAGAACUGGAGACACGUCUACAAGGCCCUGACUCUACUCGACUACCUGAUCAAAACAGGCUCGGAACGUGUGGCGCAGCAGUGCAGGGAGAACGUCUACACCAUACAGACCCUACGGGACUUCCAGUUCACAGACAGGGAUGGCAGGGACCAGGGGGUGAAUGUUAGGGAGAAGGCCAAGCAGCUGGUGGCCCUGAUGAGGGAUGAGGAGAGGCUGAAACAGGAGAGGACCCUGGCCCUGAAGACCAAGGAGAGGAUGGCUGGAGCAGCCGCAGGGUCAGGGAUGGGCUCUGGUUCUCUACCUCCACCCUACCCAGGCCGCCGUACCAGCCAGCCCAGCAUGACUGCUCUCUACGGGGAUGACUUCAGCCGGUCCAGGGAGUCCCAUUCCUCUUUCAAUUCCGCCUCUUCCUCUCCUCGCCGUGCCGCAUCAGAUAUGGAGCAGGCCCGCCCGCAGACCAGCGGGGAGGAGGAGCUACAACUGCAGCUGGCUCUGGCCAUGAGCCGAGAGGAGAGUGAAAAGCCUGCUCCCCCGGUGGACAUUGAUGACCAGACCCAGCUCCAGAUCGCCCUGAGCCUCAGCAAGGAGGAAGCUCAGAAGCCGGCCUCGCCUCCUCCGGUUGCCUUGGAUAUGGAUGAAGAGAGACAGCUCCAGAUCGCCCUGAGCCUGAGCAAAGAGGAGCACCAGCAGGAGCAGCGGAGUCGCCAAGGAGACGAGUCGUUGCUCCAAAAAGCUCUGGAGGAGAGUAAACGAGAGGCGGCGUCUGGUGGAAUUGGGUCUGCCAUGAUGGAUCUGGUGGAGGUGUUUGCUGUGUCGUCUGAGGUGCCUCCUACUGCUAGUGCCAACUCUUGGAUCCUGCCAGGGGGGAACGUCCGCACCCCUCUCCACCACCCCCUCCCCCAGGCCCAGGCUGCUGCUGGGCCUGGUCACCUGCCUGGGGAUGGGGCAGCCUCCGACCCCUGGGACUCACUGGUGGAGGCUCGCUCCAACCCCGCUGUGAUAGAGUCUCCCUGGAUGGUUCCUCCCACCUACGGUAGCCCCGCCCCUCCUUGGGAGCGUAGCCUGUCCCCUCCGGACCCCUGGGAGACCCCGGGGGUAGUAGACCCAUUCUCUAUCCCAGAUGCUCUUCGAACUGGCAGCCCUACAGAUGGUGACUUGUUUGACGAGGCGAUGGACGGAGGUCAUUUCAGCCUGAACAGUCGAGGUGAGGGUGAGGGCAGCCCGGAGCUGUUUGAUCUGUCUCGUAUAGGGGACAGUCUGGGGGUCCCCAGCCCUCGGACCUGCCGGACCCCUGAAUCCUUCCUGGGGCCCACAGGGGCCUCCCUGGUCAAUCUGGACAGCCUGAUACCAGCCAACCCCCCAGCCAAGACCAAGAACCCCUUCCUCUCAGGUCUGAGUACUCCAUCUCCCCUCAACCCGUUCCAGAGUGAACAACCUCGUCUCACUCUGAAUCAGAUGCGUCCCAGCUCCACAUCCCCCGUUCCCCCCUCCGGUCCUCCCUCCCUGCCCUACAGUGCUUCUCUGCCCCUACCCGCCAGCCACCAGCCGGCCAGCCUGCCCUCCUCCCUCACCCAGCCAACCCAUGGAGCCCUGGACAUACCUGGGCUGCCACAGCCCCUGUUACCUCUUUCCUCCAUCUCGUCUCUGGGAGAGCAGCACAGUCAGAAUCCCUUCCUAUGAUGUCUGUCCAGGUGAACUGAACCCCAAAGAUGGAAGAUAGACCAACACCAACGUCUGCCCUGCGCAGUAGAUCACCUGCUGGGUGUCCACGAGCGGUGUCCUGCUGGGUGUCCACGAGCGGUGUCCCGCUGGGUGUCCACGAGCGGUGUCCCGCUGGGUGUCCACGAGCGGUGUCCCGCUGGGUGUCCACGAGUGGUGACGAUUCAGCAUGUGGAAUCGUCGAGAAAUGAAUAGAAAACGACGACCGAUGUUUUGUAGUCAGAUGUGACAGGACGCCCACCCGCUGUUGCAUGGCCGGAAUUCAUGUUGGUAUAUCCUCUAUCUCUGGUGGAUGGAACAGAGAAUAGACAUGACUCUUAUUAGGUUACUUCCUGUCAAUCUAACCUCAAGACUCAACAACUGGAAUUCAGACUGAACUGAAAUCCCCUUAAGUUGUUAUUUUGUUGUUGUUUUUCUAUGGGCUAUAGUACUGUAACCCUUAGAUUGCUGCCUCUGCUACUGCCUCUGCUACUGCCUCUGCUCGGGUCUGCUCUAUGCUUUAACCACAACCUGUCCUGUUACUCCUCUCUGCUGAAGGGAGUGAUGGAGGCUACUGCCUCUGCUCGGGUCUGCUCUAUGCUUUAACCACAACCUGUCCUGUUACUCCUCUCUGCUGAAGGGAGUGAUGGAGGAGGAACGAGAGGUAGAAAGAAAGAGAAUAUGCCCAGAACGUGUUUAGGUCUAUAGUAACCUAAUCCUAAGCCAUGACAGAUCCUGUACAUACACGCCGACGCCCAGGCUCAUCCUCUGCUAUAGAAAGCAGUAGGUGAAGACGUUUCCAUGUUAAAGUAAUUAGCAAUACUUUACAGAUGAGUGUGUCUGCACUAACCUGGUCUCAGAUCUGUUUGUGCUGUCCUUCCAACUCCUAUGGAUCAUUGGCUAUACAGCAGAAACAGAUCUGGGACCAGGUUAGUUAACUGCUUUUCCAACUGCUUCUUACCCAGUCACAUGCCCCGCCCACUCUGCUGCUUUCUUUUCGUUUGAUUGGCUCCUCACUGUUGCUCCUGAUCCAGCACUGAACUGAUUGUACACCAGCUAUGCCUGCUUAUCUCUCCGACCGACGGACCACAAUGCACUGGGACAGGACGCCCACUGUUCCUGCCGCACUGCUCUAUGCUGAUUGGUCGGUCCGCUCUCUGGACUGCUUUCAUUGGUUGGCUCUUUCUCGCCUAUUAUCUCUCCCAUGAUGCCCCAGGGGAUAACUCGGACAAGUCUGUUCAGGAGGAUGUAACAUUACAGAAUGCUUAGAUAGAAAUGUAUCAUGUAGAACAGAUGAUUGUCUGCCAGAUAGAAUAGGGGAAGAGUGUCAGCUCUAUUCAAUCAAUUUCUAUCCGUUCAGAAUGUUUCCCAGCACAGACUGCAACUCAGAUAGAAAUGUAUCAUAUAGAACGGAUAUGAUUGUCUACCAGAUAGAAUAAGGGAAGUGUGUCGGCUCUAUUCAAUAUAUUUCUAUCUGUAAAAGUUCAGAAUGAUUCCCAGCACCGACUACAACUCUGAUUUCUGAGAACGAGCAUAGAACAUUCCACGCCGAUGAUGAGACGCCAGCCAACUCCCAUCAACAUAAUGAACACGGAGUUUCCUUUUUGUUGCAUUAGGCCUAGUAAGGCUCAGUCUGACUGAGUUCUUGUGUCAGGGUGGUUUGCUGUUGGAAUGGAACUGUGGUGAUGGUGAGAGGGAUUCUAAGGUAGUUCUAUUGUAUUGUAGUGGACUGGAGUCCCUUUUGAGGGAUAUCUGAAUGAAAUCUGCUUUUCAAGAGACCGGAACCACUGCAGGAUUCACUAUAGAGGGAAAAUCCUAACGCUCUCAAUUCAAGUUGAGUUUUGCAUUGAUGUCAAUGGGAGAAGUGGACAUUCAAUUGCAGUUAGAAGUUAGGAAGCUAGCAUUCGACCCUAUAAGCAACGCAACAUAUUAGAAGAAUGUAUGAAUUGAUAUCAUGAUUAUUUUCCCUCUCAUUGCUCGAUCAUUACUUGUGAAACACUGAUUGUCAUCAUCAAAUAUAAGAGUAUAAUGAACUAAUAACAACA